UUUGCACGUUGAAUCUUUUCUAUCAUGAGCUGUAUUGUUAACUAGCAAGCAAAGAAAUUCAUUUAGGCUAAUAAGCUAACAAGCUAAUAAGCUAACAAGCUAACAUGCUAUUUAUUGCCACAGCGAAUUAACCACAUUAUCGGAAUUAAAUGCAGUAUAAAUAAAGGUUUAGUUAAUGGGAUUGUGUUGUGGAGACUUUUAUACACUUAAUUGUGUUUCAGACAUUUAUAUGUUUGAGUUCUGUUUCUCAUUGAGGAAGUUUUUAAGUCUUUUGUCUUGUUUAAAUGAAAUCUUACGUUAUUUAAUUAAAUAAAAGUUAAGAGUUUAAUCAUCUUUGUGUACUUUCCCUCAGUAGUGUACACUUCAGAUUAGUGCACUGCACUUCUUUCCCUAAAGCCUCAUUGUGUCUCAGGGUUGAUUGGGACGUGAGGAAGGAGCCGUCAGUGUAAAGUGAAAUGCCUGAGAUUAAACUGAAACAUGUGGUGUCCUGCAGCAGUGAGGACAGUACACAUAAAGCAGAUAACCUUUUGAGUUCAGAGACGUACAGGAAGUGGAAAUCUGCUCGUCCUGGAGAGAAGCAGGUUUCAGUUAUCCUCCAGUUUGAGAAGGAGGAGCAGGUCCACAGUAUUGACAUUGGGAACGAAGGAUCAGCCUUUAUUGAAGUUCUUGUUGGACACUCAACCUCUAUUAAAGACCAGGAUUUUGAGGUGUUGUUGGUGACAUCAUCGUUCAUGUCUCCCUCUGAGAGUCGAGGGAAUUUGAAUCUGAACCGCGUGCGAUUUUUCAGCCCUCAGCAGCUAGUAAAGAGCACAAGUCAGGAGAAAUGGGACAGAGUGAAGAUCGUCUGUACGCAACCCUACAACAAGAGCAUUGCCUAUGGAGUGGCGUUUAUAAAGUUUCAUUCUCCACCGGAUAAUGACAGUCCUGCUUCUACACCACCUAAUUUGACUAAACUGGGUCAGUUCCGGUUGAAGGAUGAGUCUCAGUCUUCUGGGUCAAACCUGCAACCAGGGAGUCUGUUCCUGAAGCGAGAGAGUAAAGACAGUACAGGAGUGAAAUUUUCUCCUAAAAGCAAUACACUGAGUUAUGCAACAGCAGCACUACAGGCAGAACCAUCAACUUCAAGCUCCGCCCCCACCAGCUCACCACAGACUGCUGUAUCAGUGAAGAGAAAGUUUGAGUUCAGUAAAGAGAGACAGGAUGCCCCGCCUCCCCCUGCCAAGAAACACACACGUCCACCUAAACCCAUUACACCGAAUGCUGAACACACGCACACACCCACCAGCACAAAAACAGCAUCUAUUUCCCAGAAGACCCCAGUGCAGAAGUCCUCUGUGAAGCCCCGCCCCCUGGCCUCAGAGCCAGUCCCCUUCUGCCGAAUCAUGGAGGGCGUAGUGUUUGUGCUGAGUGGAUUUCAGAACCCGUUCCGUGCAGAACUCAGAGACAAGGCUCUGUCCAUGGGGGCACGGUACCUACCGGACUGGACCCCAGACUCCACUCACCUCAUUUGUGCCUUUUCUAACACCCCUAAGUACAGUCAGGUGAAGGCAGCAGGGGGGCUGAUAGUUCGGAAGGAGUGGGUGAUCGACUGUCACAAGAGGAAAAAGAAAAUCUCUUACAAACGGUAUCUGAUUGAUGGAGCAGAGUCAAGCUCUGAGGAUGAGAUGGAUGACAUCACUGUUGAGGAGCAGACACACGACGAGGGGGGAAAAAAAAGUCCUGAAAAGAGACACAAGACCUCCACAAAAUCUGUGACAGAGGAGAGGCAAGAUGUGUCAAUAGAUGAGCGAGAAGAGGAAGAUGAUGAUGAUGGAUCAGGCAUGGACACUGAGGAUGAGCUGAGAAGAGUGGAGAAGAGGAGAGGAGAGAAGGCAGGACAGGAGAACAGACGAAGUGGAGGAGGACAGGAGACAGAAGACGACCCAUAUGGCGGCUCAACAGAUGAGAACACAGAUGCAGAAGAAGAGGAAGACAAACCCAUACCUGAACUACCAGACUUUCUGACAGGAAAGCGGUUUUAUAUUUAUGGGAAAUUUCCAGAGAACCAGAGACGUUUGCUGCAGCGUUACAUCGUUGCCUAUAAUGGUGUUGUGGAGGACUACAUGAAUGAGAAGGUCCAGUUUGUGAUCACCAGUCAGGGAUGGGACGACACCUUCGAGGACGCUUUGAUGGAGAAUGAGAAUCUGAGUUUUGUGAAACCCACAUGGAUUUUUGCUAUUAAUGAAAGGCAGAAGAUGUUACCCUAUCAACCCUACACUGUAGUCCCCUAAACACACACCCUAGUGAGGGGUCAAGGGAACAUCACGCACUAGUGUUUUAAUAGAAUGUAAAAUGGUCAACCUGCUCGGCCUCGUCACAAACCCUCUCCUGUUCCCUCCACUUCAUUGUGACUUGUUUACGCAGUGUUUCUACGACACAGAUGUGUUUGCAAUGAAGUAUGAUAAGUAAUUAAUGGAAUGUGUGUGCAUGAGUGUGUGCACGUGUGUGUGUGCGCGUGUGUGUGUGCGUGUGUGCAUGUUUUUAUGUUUCUUUCUGCUAAAACCCAAACAUUCAUUUGUUUAUUUUUAUUAAUUAUUAGACUUGAGUGUGUUUACAUUUAAAUCCAGUGUGUUUGUUUAAUGUGUUACUGAUUCUGUUUAAUUUCUAAUAAGACUUUUACUGUGUAAAUGUAGUUUUCUUGUUUUAAUAAAGUUAUGUUCAUUACA